AUGCGUUUGGUGGCAGUGAUAAUCGUGAGGUUUGGCUUGUUUGCCAGGUCAGCGCACGAUUUCAUCUUCCAUGACUUUGGAUGGCACAGCUUCUCUGGCUACAACGAAAAUCAAUCACAUGCUGCCGAGCAGACGGUUGUGAACAUGCGCAUGCCACAGAGGUUGGGCCACCCGACUAUGCAGUCUGGCUAUUGGAACUGUUCCCAUGUGUGGUUCGAAAUGAGGCCGUGUACAACAGCAAACGCCGGAAGUCAUCCAGGGAGCUUAACAGGUCAGCCUUCACAGCAGCUGGGGGACACUCUGGUGACACAACUUUUGUGA